GCUUUUGUCCUCGUACAUUAGAAUAUUUAAAUGAACAGUUUUUUGGGGGGAGUCUUUUCUUUCCUUGGAUUGUGUGCCUUAAUCUCUGACCAGCUUACUAUUAACGAUAACAGUGUUAAGGAUUAAGAGUCGUUCUGCCAACCCGUAUGAUGUUUAUUCACACCGACGGCAAGAUAAAUACGACAUGGUGGCACCCGGUGUUUUCUAGAGUACACAGAAAAAGACUUUAAUUGAAAACUAUAGAAAGUCUGGAGCUUUGGGUUUUUGUCAGUGGUAUUACACCUUGGAUUCUCCGUCCGUCUACCGGUUUGCUGCUUAUCUCGCAAUCAAUACACAUUCGUCUACAAAUCAAUGCUUAGCUUGUUGUUUUAAAAGGCUAAAAUCAAACCCCCCUCCGAUAAAAGUGUGUCAGCGGGCACCUGUUGGAUACAGAUACCCUGGGGAACGGUAAUGGAAAACAGGAGAUUGGAUGUGGGCACGGUGAGAUGAUACAGUGAAGCCAUGGCAUCGAGUGACGAAGAGAUCGAGGAACUGAUUGAGGAUGUGUCUGUUGUCUCGGGAGAUGAUGAUGCGUCGGUCGCAGAAGAAAUCGAUGUCGAAGGGGCGUUUGAAGGAGACGUAGAAAACAGUGACGAUGAAAGCAUUGUUGGGACGAAGAAGAAAAAGUUGAUGCCCCAUACACAGACUGUGGACAGAAGCAUCGAGAGUGAAGAGGAAGAUGUCAUAGAAAAUCAAAAGACAUCCCGAAGGAACUCAAAGCGCAAAGGACCUGAAAAGACCGAGGAUAACCGAAAAACGGAAGAUGACCAUGAGGAUAAACAGAACGGUGAAGAGGGUCUUACUUUGCCAGAUAUCAACAAAGGUGUGGAGCCAUCCCCUGGGUCCCAGGUCCGUAUUAUUAUAGAACACUGCGAAACUCCAACAAUAGACGAUGAAGAGGACGUUUCUACCAAAGAGCUCAGAAAGGCGUCGGAACAACCUAAGCUGAAGUGGCACGAACGGUAUGCGCUGCAAAAGCAUAAAAAAUGGCGAUGGCCUAAAAAGAAGAGGGAAUUAAUGGAAGGAGAAGAUGGGGAGGAGAUACACAAAGAGAAUGAAGAUGAAAGAGUUGUGCGCGAUGACGAAGCAAAGUUUAAUGGAGAAGAGGAAACAAAGCAUAAAGAAGAAGAGGAAGAUGAAAUUACGGAAAUGACGGAAGAGGAGAAGGAGGACAUGUAUAACGCAGUAAGGAAUGGAGAAUACAUACUAUUGCAAGAUCUACUGGACAAGAAAAACGCCGAUAUAAACAUGCUUUGGUACAGGGAAAACUUGUUAAUGGUGGCGAUGCGUGCGCAGCAGAUGGAGAUGGUGGAAUUUCUGAUUGACAAUGGAGUGGAUUACAACUAUGAAACUACUUUAAUAGAUUUAAAAGACCGUGAGAAGACAGGAAAGAGACUGUUACAAUACACACGAACUUGUCGGCAGAUGGCUUACGAUUUAGGAUUACUUAAUGUUGUAGAAAUGAUUGAUGUAAAAAAUAACCAAAUUCAUAAAUACUAUAAAAUCACACCUAGAUAUCCACGCAUGCGCCGGCCGCCCGCCCCAACUCCGCUAUGUUUAAUGUACAGUGACGAAGAAGAGGACGAGGAAGAGGAGUUACUGGCCGGAGGGGACAGUGAUUUAUUAUCGAAUCUUUCACACGUAGAGGAAUCUAGCGAAAUAAAGACAGACAAUCCCGACACGAAAGGAUCGGACAAGAGAGUAGAACUCACUUUAGAUAGAGUUGCUGAGCUUGAGGUCACAGAUGAUGAAUGCGAGUUAUUUUACCCACGAACUAAUAGCUCGGAAAUUAACAAAAACGAAAAAGUCGAAGAACGACCUGGUUUAUUACGUCGGGGAACAAAGUCUUCAAUGGGAUUACAAGCACACAACGAUCUCAAAUACAAGCGUCGAGCACAGUCCAAAAGUGCAGACCUACAGGGAACUAUCAAUUCUGUGGGAAGUUACGCCUGGGAGAGUCGCAGAUGGCACCACGCUAAAAGUGCUUCCGGUGAAAGAGACUCUGAAGAGAGCAUCCCUUUUGUGGCUCGAAUAUCCUCAACGUUUCCACCACAGACUUCACCAAUUCCUGCAAAGAAAUUGACUUAUUCUCGCCGAAGGCCCUUGUCUUCGCCGGCCUCGUUUUCGGCUGAGAUACAGAAGAUUUUGGGACAGAGUCGUUUGUUAAGAAAAGAGCCAACACUACCGUAUAUUAAACCUCCGGGUAAAAGUCCCAGAGCUCAAUCAGCUAGUACAACCGUUACACCCUGGUGUCAUAGUAACUCAUCCGCAGUGUUGGAGCAUUUAUCAAACACAAAAAUAAGCCGGAAAAUUCAAAAUCCAAGAUUUACAGUUAACAGACAGAUAAGUCUUCGAACCAAUCGCUGAAUGUUUUCUACUAGGAUUUUAGAAAUUAAUUUUUUACUAAGAAUGUUCAGAGUAGAUGUGCCUCGUAGUUAAAUGUAAAACACGUAACAUGAAGCGAAACCCAAACAUCGAUGAAAAAUGCAAAUAUUUCACAAAUCGAAGUUUAAAGAAAAGUGCCAUCUUUUACAUUCAUAUUCCUAAUAGGAUUUUCUUUUUCGUUUUUACUUGUGAAGGAGGCCGUAGGAAUUCAGUUAUAUGAACGUUUGUACGCAUUUAUUAUCCGUUUUCUUUUUAACCCAACUGUUAUGACAGGUGCCAAACUGUUUUGUGAUAGAUAAACAUGACGAAUGAAACAAAAAAUCAUAA